UAGUUAACGGACAUCACCACCUCCCUGUCUUCACCAUUUUUAACAAAUCAAAACAGAGAGAGAGAGAGAGAGAGAUGAGUAGAAGGCAGAAGAAGACGGCGAAGAUGGUGACAGGCAUGAUGGGACUGUGUAUCAUAGUGUAUAUCGCAGGACCGCCUGUGUAUUGGCAUCUCAACGAGAGCAUCGCUCACUCUCUCCGUUCGUCUUGCCCUCCUUGUGUCUGCGACUGUUCUUCUCAGCCUCUUCUCUCCAUCCCCGAGGGUUUGAACAACCACUCUUUCUUGGAUUGCAUGAAGCAUGACCUGGAAGUAAGCGAAGAGAGCGAGAGAAGUUUCACAGAGAUGGUGGCUCAAGAACUGAAGCUGAGAGAGGCGCAGGCUCAAGAAGACGAGUGGCGAGCGGACAGAGCGUUGUUAGACGCUAAGAAAGCCGCGUCUCAGUACCAGAAAGAGGCAGAUAAAUGCAGUAUGGGAAUGGAGACAUGCGAGGAGGCACGUGAGAAGGCGGAAGCAGCUCUCGACGAGCAGAAAAGGAUGUCUUUCAUGUGGGAGCUUCGAGCUCGGCAGAGAGGAUGGAAAGACAUUGCUGUCAACUCUGAUGUUCUCUAGACAUGGAACUAGGGUUUUUGUUUCAGGUUAGGUUU